GAUGGGAGCCUCGCCGAGCCCCACGCGGGCGCUCUCAGAGCCUCGGCAGCGGCGCUUCCAGUUGAGCCGCGAAGGGGCCUCAGGGCGGCGAGGCGCGCGGAGGAGCCGGCGAAGAAGAGCGGAGCCGGGCGGGCGGACAGCGCGCUUGCUCUCUCUUGUGCGCAGGGGCGGAGCGGCCAGCUUUGCUCUCCGGCGGUUGCCCAGCCCCGGCCAGUCAUGGGGUAAAAAGGGGGAGCGAGCGAGCGAGCGAGCGGCGCGGAACAAUAAAAGCGGCGAGGCGGCGGCGGCGCUGACUGACUGGGCGCGCGAGAGAAAGCGGGGGUGCCGGGGGCUCGCUGAGCGGACCGAGCGGCGCACUCGGCGGCGGCGGCGGCGAAAGUGGAGCGAGGCAGCGGAGCAGCGGGCGCCAGGGAAAGCGCGCGCGGCGGAUGCUUUGCGCGGCCGGCGGGAGGCGGCGGCGGCGAAGGGGGAGAAGACGGAGGGCGGCGGCGGCGGCGGAGAGAUGAUCGCGGAGUUGGUGAGCAGCGCCCUGGGGCUCGCCCUCUAUCUCAACACCCUCGGCGCGGAUUUCUGCUACGAUGACAGCCGAGCUAUCAAGACAAACCAGGAUCUUCUUCCUGAAACACCAUGGACUCAGAUAUUCUACAAUGACUUCUGGGGCACUCUCCUUACUCACAGUGGGAGUCACAAGUCGUAUCGACCUCUCUGUACGCUCUCUUUUCGAAUUAACCAUGCUAUCGGAGGAAUGGAUCCUUGGAGCUACCACCUUGUAAAUGUCCUCUUACAUGCUGCAGUCACAGGUCUUUUCACAAAUUUUUCCCGAAUAUUGUUUGGCGAUGGAUAUUGGACCUUACUGGCUGGCUUGCUAUUUGCUUCGCAUCCCAUCCAUACUGAAGCGGUUGCAGGAAUUGUAGGAAGGGCUGAUAUUGGAGCUUGCCUUUUCUUCCUGCUUUCCCUGGUCUGUUAUACUAAACACUGCUGCACAAGGAACUACUCAGAAGGAACCUGGGGCUGGAUCUUGGGUGCAGGGCUAUGCGCCACCUGCAGCAUGUUGUGGAAGGAGCAAGGAGUGACUGUUCUAGCAGUUUCAGCCGUUUACGACGUCUUUGUAUUUCAUAGGCUAAAAAUGCACCAAAUCAUUCCUGCUGUCUAUAAGCGGAAGAAUUUACCCCUUCUUUUGAGCAUUGGUUUAUUGAUCUUCUGGGGAGCUUUGCUACUAGGUCUUCGCUUUUAUUGGAUGGGGAACAAACCUCCCAGCUUUUCCAACUCUGACAACCCAGCAGCUGACUCGGAGAGUUUUCUAACACGAACCUUGACCUUUUUUUACCUGCCAACCAAAAAUAUUUGGCUAUUGCUGUGCCCGGACACUCUUAGCUUUGAUUGGUCCAUGGAUGCUGUGCCUCUUCUCAAAACAGUCAGUGACUGGAGGAACCUACACACAGUGGCCUUUUAUGCUGGACUUCUCCUCCUUGCUUACACCGGUUUGAAAAGCUCCAGCAAAGAGAGAGAAUGCAAUGGGAAAAACGUAACAAAUGGCAAGCAGAACACCAAUGGCCAUAACUGCCUAUCAGAAAUGGAGUAUAAAAGCUUGGAGUUGAAGCCCAGCUUUGUAUCUAAAGAAGAAAACGGCAUUAACAAACAUUUGCCGCAGAGACCGCAACUCCCCUCAACUGAGAAUAUUGUAGUUCUGUCUCUGUCCUUAUUAAUUGUGCCCUUUAUUCCGGCCACAAACUUUUUUUUCUAUGUAGGCUUUGUGAUAGCAGAGCGUGUCUUGUAUAUACCUAGUAUGGGCUUCUGCCUGCUGAUCACUGUGGGCACCCGGGCCCUCUACAUCAAAGCCCAAAAGCGCUUUCUGAAGAACUUGAUUUUUUUUGCCACAGCUGCAUUAAUAUUUUUCUAUGGACUCAAGACUUUUGUCAGGAAUGGGGACUGGCAGAAUGAAGAGAUGCUGUAUAAGUCAGGGAUAAAAGUAAAUCCAGCUAAAGCAUGGGGUAACCUUGGAAAUGUUCUGAAGAGUCAGAGCAAGAUUUCUGAAGCUGAAAGCGCCUAUAGGAAUGCCUUGUACUACCGCAGCAACAUGGCUGAUAUGCUUUAUAAUUUAGGGUUGUUGCUACAGGAGAACAGCAGGCUUUCAGAAGCACUACAUUACUAUAAAUUGGCCAUUGGAAGCAGACCGACUUUAGCCUCUGCCUAUUUAAAUACUGGUAUCAUCUUAAUGAACCAAGGCAAGGCUGACGAAGCCAGGAAGACAUUCCUGAAGUGUUCAGAAAUUCCUGAUGAAAAUUUAAAAGAUCCACAUGCUCACAAGAGUUCGGUUACUAGCUGCCUUUAUAAUUUGGGGAAACUCUACCAUGAACAAGGACAGUAUGAGGAUGCCCUUACAGUUUACAAAGAAGCAAUACAGAAAAUGCCAAGGCAGUUUGCACCACAAAGUUUAUAUAACAUGAUGGGGGAAGCCUACAUGAGGCUCAGCAGAUUACCUGAAGCAGAACACUGGUAUGUGGAAUCACUGCGGGCCAAAACAGACCACAUCCCAGCUCAUCUCACAUAUGGGAAACUCCUGGCUUUAACGGGCCGCAAGAGUGAAGCAGAAAAGUAUUUCUUAAAGGCAAUUCAGCUGGAUCCCACCAAGGGAAACUGUUAUAUGCAUUAUGGCCAGUUUCUCUUAGAAGAUUCUCGCCUGAUAGAAGCAGCAGAGAUGGCAAAGAAAGCAGCUGAAUUGGAUAACACAGAGUUUGAUGUUGUCUUCAAUGCAGCUCACAUGCUCAGACAAGCUAGCCUCAAUGAAGCAGCUGAGAAGUAUUAUAAAAUGGCAGCUGAGCUGAGACCUCAUUAUCCAGCUGCCCUAAUGAAUCUGGGAGCGAUUCUUCAUCUCAACGGCAAACUUCUGGAGGCAGAAUCAAACUAUCUCCAUGCCCUUCAGUUUAAACCAGAUGAUGUCAUCACACAGUCAAAUCUACGCAAACUCUGGAAUAUUAUGGAAAAACAAGGCUUAAGAACAUCUAAAACAUGACCUGACAUGAGCUGGAAGGGGGGAAACCCAGAACCUUUCUUUGCAAAGGGUGAAAGAAGUCAAAUCCAGAACAACUUCCAGGGUGCUAUUUUGUUGAGUGCUCUUGUUGGACUGCACUGCAAGUGUUGAAGGUUGUAAUUGCUGCUAGGAGAACCUACAGGGCUGCUUCUUGGUGUGACAUUUUGAUAAUGAGAGAAAGGUGGAAACUCUCUCAGGAGUUUCAUGAAGGACUUGAUAGUUACUCCCACAAGCAUAAAAAUGAAUUAGAUUUGAAACUUGAGCACUUGAAAGGGGGGCCCUUUCGAGCAUAUUUGCCAGGCCAUCGUAGUCAUUUUCACAUUGCUCAUUUUCAUGUGGUUUCUGGUAGAAAAAUCAUGCUGGCCUAUAUAACAUCCAUCCAGUCAACAUGGGAUUUUAGUAAAGGAUAUAGACUGGCUUAAGUUAUUUUCUGAGGCUGUAAUUCAUUAAAAUGUAUACUAAAACCCAAUGUGUUUGCAAUUUGUCUUAAUAUUGUGUAUCUCCUUAGGGCUGCCUGCUUAUCUGUUUCACAGAUGAGUGCAACCAUUUGAAAGAUGAAACACAAUUUGCAAUCUAUCUUGACAAGGGCACAUUUUCUUUCAGCCUGUUGUUAAGAACAUUAUUUGAAGACGUUAACAAAUACCUUGUUAGCUGUGUUUUGAGGGGAGUAAGCAAGGGGCAGCAUUGAACUCACCCAACAGAAAUGUCCCCAAGCAGGAAGAAUUAAGGCAGGCUGUAGAUGUGAUAAACACAACCAUGUUUGUUUUCUUGUGUAGCUGCUUUGUUCCUGUCAAAAGUGGGAGUGGUCUAAAAAAAUUGAAAAGAAAAGUGUGCAUUGAAGAAGAGAGCUGAAUAUUCCUUAGAGAGCUUUCCUCCCCCACCUUUUUUAUUGUGCUUUAAAGAUUCAGGCAUGUUAUACCAGUUUAGCUCACUUCUGGGACUGGAAUCAGGUUGCAAAAAAAUUACCCCAACUGAUGGAGAAACAGGUUGCAAGGCAGGAAGUACAGGUGGGGAUAAAUCUUACACAAUUCACACUUUCCAGAACAAUCAGAUCCAAAACACAGCCAUCCUUCAAAAUCGGCACUUUUUUUGAAUUUUGCAAUGCAGUUCUCCAACCAAAUAAUGAGCACAAAUAUGGAUAUAACUGAGGGGAAGUGAUGUGCAAAAAAUUAAAGUGUCUGAGGUAAAAUUGCAUACAAAUAGAUGAAUAUUAGGAGAAAUUUGCACUGAAAUUCUGGUGAAUUUUCAUGAGGGCAGUUUAGAAAAAUCCACAAUCUGAUGUGGAAAAAAUGUGAAGAUGGGAAAGAUGAAAAAUGGAGAAAAGCCAGAAUUGUUAGAUUUGCCCCCGUCUUGCAGGAAGAGGGUUCAGUUUCUUCUACUACCAUGCAACUUUGAAAAAGAAGAGAGUCCCACACAUGCACAUGCGCGCGCACACACACACACUACUCUUUAGAUGCAAAUGGGACAGGCAUGUGAAAAAGAAACAUGGGGGAGCUGUCACAUUUAGUUUGAGAGCAAGGGACUGUGUAGGACCAGCUGGCAGUGGCACUGCUCUUUAAAUUAUGCUGACUACAGUUGCAUCCAUCCACACAGUAUAGUCCUUUAGCUUGAAUAUACCAUGCCUUGUGGCUCACACAGGACAGUUGUCAGCAUCAAGCUGAUACACAGCUACCUUUUGCCGAAGUGCAGUGCAGCUGUGUUCCUGUUAUUACUGUCAAAACAGAAUGCUAACCUUUUACUUGCAUCUCUGCCUACGGAGCAGCUACAUGUUACUGGAACAAUCUGAAGACGUGUGCAGUUGGUGAAUAUGUUUGUGAAAUGUUAGCAAUGAGAUUUAUCAGCAGUUUGUGGGAAGGGAAAUAUUUUGCUACAGGCAGCAAGAAACUAAAAGGAUUUAAUGCUUUUAGCAUCUAGCGAAUUCACAGGGUGUUAGACCGAAAGGGAUUAUGUGACUGACAAUGGUUGCCAAUUAUUUUUGCAUAUGCUUAACAUUUUUACAUACAGGGUGGGAAACGUUUGUGCAGUUUCCAACUCAAUAUUGCAUCUUUUUUUUUCUUUAUCGCAAUAAAGUGGCACCAUUCAUUUUCCUUAACAUUUCAGUUCAUUUGGCAUAGUUAUUACAAUCUGUAUUUUUUAAAAAAAAUAUUUUAAAACAUAUUAGACUGAUCUGUGCUCUUUCGGCCAUUUACCAACUUCUUUUAUUGGGUAGGCAGGUUUUUAAAUGACAUAA